AUGGAACAAAAGAUUGAACAAUUACUUUCAUUUUGUCAAUCAACAGAUGCUUUUAUCAGAAAACAAGCAGAAGAUGAAUUAAAAAUACUGGAAAACUCAGGAGAAUAUCCUAUUUCUUUAAUUAAUAUUUCAGCUUCAUCGAGUACUGAAACUUAUUUACGGCAGGCAUCACUAUUGAUACUUAAGAAAUAUGUGCUGAAUCAUUGGUCUCCUGUUUUUCAAGAAUUUUAUGGUUUUAUUGUAAAUCAAGAUAUAAAGAAUAGGAUUAGAAAUCUAUUAUUGGAAUUGCUUUCAUCAGAAUUGAAAGUAAUUAGAAAUACAUCUGCCCAUGUUAUUUCAAAAAUAGCUAUCGUUGAUUGGCCAGACGAAUGGCCAGAUUUACUUGAUAAUAUUCUCUUUAAACUUUCGAAAGAUCCUCAGAUUGAGACAUAUGGUGGAUUGAAAGUUUUGAAAGAAUUGAUUGAUAAUGCUCUUACAAGUGAACAUUUUUUUUCUAUUUCUCUCUGUUUAACAAGAUUUUUAUAUGAAAUUUCUAUAAACGAAUUGUAUUCAUUUAGGACUAGAGCCCAGUCUUUAUCUGUUUUUAAAUCUUGUCUAGAUUCACUAGAAAUGAUAAAAGAUAUACAUCCGGAAAUUAUUAAUUCAUUUGCUAUCGAGACUUUGGAUUCAUGGAUGAAUUUAUUUAUUACAAUUAUUUCUAAAAAUAUUAUGAAAACAUUAAAUUAUGAUUUUAUACUUUUUAAAUUAAAUGUUAUAAAGAUUUUAUAUAAACUCCAUCAAACAUUUUCAUAUCUACUAACAAGGUAUUUACCAAGCAUUUUUGAGGCUCUAUGGAUAGAAAUCGAACAAGUAAAAGAAAUAUAUUCUGAACAUUAUAUUCUAAAUCUAUAUGAGUCUAAUGAAGAAAAUGACUCUGAUGGUGAAUUGAUAAAUUUGCCUACAUUAUUAACAGAAGAACUUUCAUUUAUUCAAAUUUCAUUAAAAGAUAAAACAUUACAAAAAAAAAUGAAUUUGGAAGACUAUUCAAAUGAUUCUAUUUUAAAUAAGAUUAUUGAUAUUUCUCUCUUUUAUUCGCAAUUGUCAUUAUCGCAAGAAAGAGAAUUUAUAGAUAAUUCUAACAGCUUUAUUGAGGAUGAACUGAAUGAAAACGUAAGGUAUACUCUUCGUCAGAUCUCUGCAGAUGUUGUUGAGGAACUUGGAAAUUGUAAUUUAGUAUCAACUAGUAAAAUAUUAAUAAAAAAGCUAGAAUCAAUGAUCUCUGGCUUAGAUUUGGGAUGGAGAUAUAAUGAGGCAAUAUUGUUUUUAGUUAGUAGAAUAGUAGAAAAUUUUGAUAUUUCUAUAAAACGCAAUAUUGUUAUUUUUUCUUUAUCUUUCUAUAAUAUAGAAAAGCCUCCAGAACUUUUAAGAGCUCGUGCUAUUCUUAUACUUGGGCAAUUGAGCAUUGCCUUAAAUAAUAAUGAGCUAUCAAGUGUAUUUUCGAACUGCAUUUCUAUGAUAUUUUCUGAAUCUAUUGGAGUAAUUAAACUUUCUGCAUUUAAAACAAUACAAAGAUUAUCUGUUUCUCUUUCUUUAGAAUAUUUAGUUCCUUUUCAACUUCGAAUAAUAGAUGCUAUAGAAUUUUAUAUUUCUCAGGUUCAUAACGAAUCUUUAAUAUUGUUAUUAGAAGUUUUACUUUUGUCUGUUAAAAUCGAUCGUGACGCUAUAUUAUAUUCAAAACCUGCGAUAAUUUCUAUUCUGUUCAAGAUUAUUUUGCACAAUUUGGGGGACCCAUAUCUAAUUGGAAUUAUUCAAGAUAUAUUUGAAGAUUUAGCAAAAAAUGUCUCUAAUUUUUCUGCAUUCUGUGAUACCAUCCUUUUACCAUUAAAAGAGCUUUUUUCUACCAAGAUAUCUGAUGCUUCAGAGACACAAUUAACUGAGGUUGCUUUUGACUUAUUAUGCCCUGUAAUAAAAGGAGGAUCAUCAUCUUUGUCUAUAGAAUUUCUUGAAGAAAUUGUUCCUGGACUUAUAUAUAUUAUGAAAAAUUGUGACAGUAAUGAAGUUUUACAGUCUGCUGAGGAGAUUUUAAGACAAAUUAUUCUUAAGGAUUAUGAUAAACUUAUUAGUUUAAAAAGUGAAACAGGAAUAUCUAUUUUUGAUGAAAUAGUAAACAUUUUGAGGAUUUUGUUGGAAAAAUCUGUUUCAGAAUCAGUAAACUUUUUUUUUGGACCACUUGUAAUAGCUAUAAUUUAUAGGGCUGGUGAAAGAUUUAGAGAUUAUUUGCCGGAUUUUUUGGAAGCAAUUGUUAUUCGACUUACUUAUCCUUCUUCACCUCGUUUUUGUCAGGAGUUAUUAUUAAUAUUUGCACAUUUAAUUAUUAAUCAAACAAAACUUAUUGUGGAUUUUCUUUAUAAUAUAAAAAUAAAUGGGGUUACAGGUUUAGAGAUUUUAUUAAAAUCAUGGUGUGAAAAUAUUGAUAUUAUACAUGGUUAUAAAAAUAUUCGUACAAGUUCUGUUGCAUUAAUAAAUUUGUUCAUGUUACAAGAUCAACGUUUUUCAGAUAUUGUUGUAAAAGGAGAUUUAAUUAUUAAUGAAUCUGAUGAAAUAAUAACACGGUCAAAAGCUAAAUUGAAUUCUGAAAAGUAUUUUUUUAUUUCUUUUCUAGUAAAAGUAAUAAAAAUAUUAUUAAAAGAACUAUCGACUUUUAUAGAAAUUGAUGAUAAAAAAUCAAUUGGAACUUCUAAAGCCGAUUUUUCUAAUGAUGAUGAUGAUGAAUGGGAAGAUGAUCUGGAUUCUAAUACAUAUAAUACUUAUGAAGCAUAUACUUUAUCUAAUGAUGAUGAUUCUAUAGAUGAUCCUUUAAAUGAAUUGGAUUUACAGAAAUUUCUUGUUGAUUUUUUUAAAAAUAUUGUAUCUAAUAAUAUCAAUGAUAUUAAAUCUAUGGCAUCUUAUUUGACACAAGAAGAAUGCUCUAUUUUAGCUUCAGUUACAAUUUAA